CCGGAAAAACUCUGCUCAUUCUCUCGCUCUACCUCUCUGUUGACGACGUUCGUCGUCGGGAAAACUCCGAUGAGAGCCGACAGCCAGCAGAGUGGGCCCUUUUGAUGGCAAUGAAAAUAUUUUGGUCCAGUGUGCAGCAAUCCCAUCCGGCGACGACGGCGAUGGCAUUCAGUGGAUUUCGAACUUGCUCGUCGGGCGGUCUAACUUCAGGCGUCAGGUGGGUUUUCGCGCGGGUUCGCAUCUCGAAUCGAGUGAAUUAUUUAGAACAUUUUGUCGCGGGGAUUGUGCGUGCGUGUUGUUUAAACCGGAAGUGGUCCAGUCAGCUGUUGUAGACUUCUCGGUUUUAAGAUUUGGGGUUUGUGCUGAAGCAGUGAAUGUGAAACAUAAACGUGAAAACGUGCAUGCCGUUACGGUUCCGGUGGAAGGAGCAAAAAGCGUGAGAAAUUUUUACAAUCUGACGAGCUAUAGAAGGGGCGGGAAGUUUCUUUGCUCGCAUGCCGAAGUAUAUAGUGGGUGUGAGUGUUUAGCUCUUUUUCGGUGAUUUCAGUUCAAGUGAAGCGAGUAAACAUGGAAAUGCAGAAAUGAAUGGAAGAUAUUUUGGUGUUUAAAAUGGAGUGAUUACAAAAAAUAGUGUACAUCAGUUUAGAAAAAAAAGAUUACCGAUAUAUUGUAGAAUCACGUUCAAUCAAGAUUGUUUCAAGUGAGAAGAGUAAAAAAUCGUACAGUGUCAAGCAUCAACCAUGAGAAAACGAUUCCGGUUCCCAUACGAUAGCUUUUCAGUGGUAUAGAUAGAUGCAGUGCUAGGCAGUCACAAAAAACGACAGUGACUUUUGCGGACUGGCAUUCCCGAAAUCCUUCUAAUACCCGGCAUCAUCUAUCCAUCUCCGGUGCAGUUUGCAUUGUAAUGACCUUUGAUGACGCAUUGAGCGAAGGCAAUCAAUCAUCAUCGUCGGUACAGAGCGAAAAUGUACCACGGCGGGAGAACGAUUCCCCUCAGUUAUACUUGUCACCACGACGGCCAUCGACUUGCGUUGGCGCUGAAAUAAGCCUGGCCGCCAAUCAACAGCAACAACAACGUCAUCCACCGACCGCACUGCCAUCAGCUGCGCCCGGUUCCAAACCUAGACCGGCAUUCUUGCGCUAUUGUCCUGACGAAUCGGCUUCCGUCGUUGGUGGAGGAUUUCCUCAGCUUCUCGUUCGGCAAGUGAAUUGGAAUUUUUACACUGAUUGCAAAGAAGAUCAGCGGCGACCGGAUUGUGCGGCUGUCGUCGACGGCAGUGUUGGUGGUGGUGGUCGUAGUCCUCCACCGUUACCGCUGUUGCCUCAGACCGAGGAGGCGCUGAAGCUGUUGCGGGAAAUCGAUUGCAAUAUUGCCGCCGUCGGAGGAUUGAACGAAAAUGGAUUCGCUACGUUUCUGGAAAACGACAAUUGUUCCAGUGUCGCCGACCAGAACGACAAUAUGUCCUACUAUUUAAGAGAUGGCCCUCGUUCGCUGUUUUUCAACCCACCACCGGUGCCGCAGGACGCUAAUUCCAAACCAGCCAAAGAGAUAUUGCACCCAAUAAUCGUGGAACAGCAAGAAACAGCCGGGCCCUCCAACUCUUCCCCCUUGGACAGCGAAAGAAUGCUGAAACGACCGCUCUUCGGCACUAACAAUACGUCGACACUGUCCGGGAUCGGAAGCAGCAAACCCGUCGCAUCUUCGUCCUUGUAUUCGUCGCAACCGCCGCGGAUUAUCGGAAGUACCAGUGCCAACUUUGGGGCCACCCCAAGCAAGCUAUUCAACGAACCGGACGUCACAGCGAACAGUUUGAAGAUCAAUUUCCGGCCUUCACCAACGAGUAGUACCGCAACGACGACACCGACUUCCACGGCACCAGGAAGUGGCACUCAUCACCCGGCGGAACCACCACAAAUGCCUAGAAAUGGUGGAACUGGUGCGCUGGGCGCGGUCAGUAAAGGCCCGCCCCAUGGUAGUGCGAACAGCAAUGUACAUAGUAGCACCAGUGCCGGUAACAAUGUGCAUCACAGUGGGAAUGUUGUAAAUAAUUACGGUGGGGGUGGUGAUAGUAGUGGUGGGGGUGGUGCAGCAGCAAGAACAGCUGGGCCUCAGAAUAGUGCAGUGAUGUCGGGUAGUGGGACGACCGGUGUGCAGUUGACGCUGUACGGUUGGCGCAAGAAAUGCCUUUACUCAGUGAUACUGAUCCUGAUGAUAAUGAUCAUCAUCAAUCUGGCGCUGACGCUGUGGAUACUGAAAGUGAUGGAGUUCUCAUCGGACGGAAUGGGUCAGCUGAAGAUAGUUUCCGGAGGGAUUCAACUGACGGGCCAAGCGAUGGUGUUGGAUAUUCUGCGAGCUUCCUCGAUACGAUCCAAACAUGGGCAGCCGAUUUCGAUUGAGUCAUCACGCAACUUCAGUAUCAACACGCGAGACUCGGAAGGGUAUUUGGAGAACCAGCUCUUUCUAGGUCACGAUCGGUUGGAAGUUCUGGCCAAUCAUUUCCGGGUAGCGGACACCCACGGUACGUCGCUGUUUGCCGUGGAUCGGGAUGAAGUCACCGUCGGAGCCACUUCAUUGCGGGUUGAAGGAGAAGGCGGAGUCAUUUUCAGGGAUUCCAUCCAGACACCGUUGGUCCGGGCCGAAGCCGGAAAGGAUUUGAAGCUGGAAUCUCCAACACGAUCUCUGGAGGCACGCGCCACUCAGGAAAUAUUCUUGCAAUCGCGUGCCGGAAGCAUCGAAGCCAACUGCCUCAAUGAUCUCAAGCUACAUUCGGUGGCGGGCAGCAUUCGCCUGGAUGCCAGCACAAUUAUCAUGCCUAAUCUGCGAACCGUGCAAGCCCCGUCGUCCUCAUCAUCCGGAUCUUCCCGAGAUCACAGCAGUGGCAGCAGUUCGACAGCAUCUUCGUCGUCAUCGCACAGCAAGGUCUACCAACUGUGCGCCUGUUCCAACGGGAAACUGUUUCUCGCUCCGGCUCACAGUAUAUGCACCGCCGAUGACAGCGCCAUAUGUAGGUAAUAUUAUUUAAUCCAUCUCGUCGUAGCAUCAGCCGCAUUAAAUCAUCACCAAUUGGUAGCCUAAUAGCAAGUAGCAAACCCCUUGAACAUAGAUAGUCACAAUAUGAAGUGUAAAUAGUAGCAAACACGUCGAGGAAAUGGCUAUGGAACGCUAGAUACACGAACAAUGAUUACACUAGUUUUGUUACAAGAUGAAAAUGCCACACCCUCUAGGAGAAAAUUACACAAAUCGGAAUUCAGGUUGGUUAGAAAACAACACGAAGCAAUUGUUAAUGAAAUUUGUUACAUUUAUUUUACGUUGGUCAUAUUGUAGUGUUUAAUUUCAUUGCGCCUAAUGGAGCCACAUUCAUGUGUUUCCAUAGUUAGAUGUUUGAAAAUCAGGAUAGCAAAUCGAUCGAAUUUCAUUUCCAGACUAGAUCCUUCCCUUCUAGCGAAACCAAAAAACCUGUGAAGCAAAAGAGCUUAUAGUCGAGAUGAAAUUAGCAAACCAAUGAUCCAGAUGGUGCAAAACGGGAUAUGCAUCGUAGUUACAUUUUUUGGCUCAAAAACAAAUCAAAAUCCAACCAAUCGAUUCAAUGUGCUCGAACAGCAGCAACGACACAAAAGAAAAACUAGCUUGAACAUAUAACUAAUCAACAGAACACUAAAUUUACCCGGAUAGUUGAAGGGAAGGUAGUAGUCGAACAAACAUAAAAAAAUGUGCAAAGCAGAAAGUAUAGCUCUGCGCAAACAGUCGCCAAUUAAAAACGAUAAUCGAUAUCAAUACACAACACGAGGAUGCUCGGUCAGUCAGUUUGGGCUAGUCAGGUAGACGAGAGGUAUAGUUUUUCAUAAAAAAUAUACAUAUCAUAUACAGUAGCUAUUAAGGUAUGGAGGUAAAGUGCGAAUAAAUUAAUUAAAACAGUU